UUGACACUCUAUUUUCAGAUUUUCUACAAUUACACACCACAACGCGAAUGUACAGAUUACAAUCACAACUUCACUACGAAUCAAUGCGAUUUAUCUCAAGAGCAACAAUGCGAUCAACUCAUGAACUGUAGCAAUAUCACCAUAGAAGACGCUCCCUUUCACUCCAUGGUAGAGGAAUUUGAGCUCUACUGUAAUAUGGCCUAUGACGCCACUUUGGCUGCCACCAUACAAUUUCUGGGAGUAUUAUUUGGUACACUGAUAUAUGGUCAUCUUGGUGAUCAUUUUGGUCGUCGACCAGUUUCAUUUUGUGGAAUUUUUGUUGGAAUUAUUGCUGGAGUAAGUACGGGAUUUGCACCAUCUUGGGAGAUAUUCGCGGCAUUGCGAUUUGUGUGCGGCACAAGUGUUGCAUGUAUCCUUGUGGUUUUCUAUACCUAUAUUGUUGAACUGAUACGACCAGAGCAACGAGUAUUUAUGAGAUCGUUUUUCAAUUGGGUAAAAUUUUCAUCGUUUUGA